AAGUGGUCUGUUUUUCUCAGUUACAGAAUGUCCGAAGGUGACAGCGUUGGAGAUUCCGUCCACGGGAAGCCGUCUGUGGUGUACAGAUUCUUCACACGACUCGGACAGAUCUAUCAGUCCUGGCUGGACAAGUCGACGCCCUACACGGCUGUGCGAUGGGUGGUGACGCUGGGCCUGAGCUUCAUCUACAUGAUUCGGGUUUACCUGCUGCAGGGCUGGUACAUUGUGACCUACGCUUUGGGGAUUUACCAUCUGAACCUCUUCAUAGCUUUCCUCUCUCCAAAGGUGGACCCUUCCUUGAUGGAAGAUUCAGAUGACGGCCCCUCGUUACCCACCAGACAGAAUGAGGAGUUCCGGCCGUUCAUCCGAAGGCUUCCGGAGUUUAAAUUCUGGCACGCGGCCACCAAGGGCAUCCUGGUGGCGAUGGCCUGCACCUUCUUUGAGGCGUUCAACGUGCCCGUGUUCUGGCCCAUCCUGGUCAUGUACUUCAUCAUGCUCUUCUGCAUCACAAUGAAGAGGCAGAUCAAGCACAUGAUCAAGUACCGGUACAUCCCGUUCACACACGGCAAGAGGACCUACAAGGGGAAGGAAGACGCGGGCAAGACGUUUGCGAGUUAGACGGCCGCCUGGCCGCCCCUCGGAGCCUCGCCAGUUUGAGCCAUUGUAACAGCGCCUUCUUUCUUCACAUAAAGUAGUUGAUGGCGAGGGAGUCGGAUUUUCUUUUUAAAAAGGAGCUUCAAUUAUUUGUAACUGAGAUAUCAGGUUCUUGAGGAAACUGACAUUUAAACAAUUGCAUUGAUUUAUUUUUCAGUGACGUCAGGUGUUUAAAUGGACAGACUUAGUAAGUCCCAGGCUGGGCAGUCGAGGGGGGCUGGGGGCGCAGAGGACCUUCCCGAGGACACCGUGGCUGGGUCGCCAGCCGGAGCCUGCUGGAGCCCUGCGCUGGAAGGAGCUCAGCGUUCGAAAGGUUUCGCAGUAACGCUGGGUCCCAGCCCGUGUCCCAUCUCACCUCACAGAGGUGUCCCAUUGGCCUCUAUCAUGACUGGAAACCCUGUUCCUAACCACGAUUGCUUUGGGGCCUGGAAUUAUAAAUAUAUAUUAUAUUUUAAUUGUUUGAGAUUAUUUUGACAUAUUUUUUUCAUACGUAAAGAGUUGCUCUGAUUGAUUUGAAUUUGCUUUCACGCCACAGCCCCUUCACAGAUGCGCGUGCUGGGCGAGCACCCCGUUCUGUGGGUUCUCGCUCGGCUCCUUUCUACGGGAUACAACUCGGACCUGCAUGCUGACUUUUUUGAUGUGAUAAGAACAAAUACUCGUAAACCUUUUACUAAGUGACUUUUUAAUUCAACUUUAUUAAAGACAGUGUCCCCUUUC